AUGGCGGGUAUACCUCCGUUCCCGUCAUUCGACAUAGAAGCCGAUAAAUCUAGCGCUGCCCACAGAUGGAACAAGUGGGUGAGGAGACUGGAAAAUUUGCUCGUGGGGCUAAACAUUACAAAUGACGGCAGAAAGCGAGCUUUGUUACUGCACUAUGCUGGUGAAAGAGUUUAUGACAUAUAUGACGCUGAAAAAGGGGACACUGGUACAAAUUAUGACGAAACUAAAAAAGUUAUCACCGACUAUUUCGCCCCAAAAGUAAACAAACAAAUGGAAAUCUAUAAAUUCAGGGCUUGUAAACAAAGUGAAAGUCAAUCUCUAGAUAAAAAUGUCACAGAAUUGCGGAUGCUGGCUAAAAACUGUGAAUUUGCAGACACUGAAGAAGAAAUAUUGCAACAAAUAAUUCAAAACUGCAAAUCAAGUAGACUGCGUCGAAGAGCCCUCCGUGAUAAUUGCAAAACACUGACCGACAUCAUUUCACUAGGACGCUCAUUGGAAAUUUCAGAUGAGCAAGCUGCUGCUAUGGAAUCUCCUAAACCGGCAGACAUAAAUAAGGUCAAAACAUCACAAGACGUACCAUAUCGUGGACGAAGAGGCGCAAGAAGACCUACAAGAGGUGGUCAACAGUUUCGCCCAAGAAAUACUGAAACUACCAAAUGCAGAAAUUGUGGAGGAAGAUACCCUCACAAUGGACAAUGUCCAGCACGUGGCAAAAUCUGCAACUUUUGUAAAAAGCCAAAUCACUUCAUGACAGUGUGCCGAAAAAAGCAAAAGGACCCAGAAGUUAGACAAAUUGAAAAGAAAACUGAUUCUUGUUCAUCAGAUGAUGAUUAUUGCUAUGCUUUAAAGUCCAAUGUGUCGAAAACACCAAAAUCAAAUGUAAAAAUCAACGACGUGCAGGUGAAUGUAUUGGUAGACAGUGGCGCUUCGGUGAAUAUUCUUGAUGAAAAUACCUACAGCAUAAUUGGUAAACCUCAACUGUCAAACAGAAAUUUGCCUAAAUUAUUACCAUAUGGCAGCCAAUCACCUUUGAAAAUAAUCGGAAAAUGCAAACUAACAAUUGAAAAACAAAAAAUCAUCAGCGUCGAGACAUUCCACAUUGUACAGGGCAGACAUGGAAGCCUUAUCAGCUAUCAAACGGCAUGCAAUUUAAAUAUUAUCGAAAUAGUCAAUCAAAUACUAGAAAACAAACAAGAAGAUGUGAAGCAAGACAAAUAUCCAAAUCUUUUCAAAGGGAUAGGAAAACUUCAAGACAAGACAGUUAAACUGCAUAUCAAUGAAAAUGUAAAACCAGUUGCUCAAAGACACCGAAGAACACCAUUUCAUCUGCGUAAUAAAGUAGAAAAAGAAAUAACAAAAUUAUUGGAUGAGGACAUAAUUGAAAAGGUAGAUAAUGAGCCAAAUCCGUGGAUCUCACCAAUUGUAACACGCCCGAAGAAGAAUCCUGAGGAAAUCAGAAUAUGUGUAGACAUGCGCGAAGCAAAUAAAGCCAUUGAAAGGGAGAGACAUUUGCUACCGACAAUUGAUGAACUGAUAACAGACCUAAAUGGUGCAAAAGUAUUUAGCAAAAUAGACUUACGUUCAGGCUACCAUCAAUUAGAACUUGAUAAAGAAUCACGAUACAUCACAAGUUUCAACACACAUAUGGGUAUAUACAGAUACAAGAGAUACAAGAGAUUGAAUUUUGGUAUCUCGUCUGCUUCCGAAAUAUUUCAAGAGACAAUUAAAUCUGUUAUUCAGGAUAUCGAAGGGACAAAAAACAUAUCUGAUGAUAUAAUAUGCUUUGCAAAAUCUCAACAUGAACACGACAAAGUAUUGGACAAAGUCUUCUGUAGACUCCAUGAAAAGGGACUCACAUUAAACAAAUCCAAAUGCGAGUUUAAUAAAACAGAAAUUACUUUCUUUGGUGUAGUAUUUGGCAAAGAUGGAAUUUCAGCUGACCCUGUCAAAGUGAAAGCAAUUAAAGAAAUGCUACCACCAAAAACAGUAACGGAGUUGAAAAGCUUUCUAGGAAUGACAAGCUACUGUUCUCGUUUCAUCGAAAACUAUGCAACAAUAACCGAUCCCUUGAGAAAACUUACGAGAAAAAAACAGACUGGCAAUGGGCAGAAACUGAACAAGCUGCUUUCCAAGCACUGCAACAUGAACUGUCUAGCGAUACUGUCAUGA